AUGGGCUCCGAUUUGGAGGAGUGCCCUGGCCUCCGCCACCACGGCAACCAAUUCCUGACCAAGCUCUUCAUCUCCGGGCUGCUCCUCUGUGCAUCCUUCACCCUCUUCUACUACUUCAACGAGUACAGCGCCGUCUCCAGAACGCUCUCUGCCGCUGUGGAGAGCGGAUCAUCCGCGUCGGUCCACGUUGGAGAAGGGAAGCCUCAGAGAGAUACAUCAGGCAAAUGCGACCUUUUUAAUGGGGAAUGGAUCCCAAAUCCUUUUGGAGCUGCAUACACCAGUAGUUGUCGUUUCAUUGCACACAAUCAAAAUUGCAUAAGAAGUGGACGAUCAAAUACUAGCUAUAUCAAUUGGAGAUGGAAACCACAAGACUGCGAUGUACCCUUAUUUGACCCAGACAAAUUUCUUAGUGCUAUGCGGAACAAAGUUUGGGCAUUUGUUGGUGACUCCAUCUUUCGGAAUUUUGCUGAAUCAUUUAUCUGCCUUCUUUCUAAGGCAGAGGAAGCUGUUGAGCUGUCCCACGACGAGGAUUACGAAUCCAAAGUGUGGCGGUUUCCCUCCUAUAAUUUUACCGUGUCGCUGAUUUGGAGUCCCUUCGUCUCCAAAGCGGAGAUGUACAACUAUGAUGUCUCUGAGAUGCACUCCGUAUUCCUGCUACACACCGACGUCCCGGAUGCGAAGUGGGCCGACCAAUACAGCACCUUCGACUACGUCGUCGUAGGCAGCGGCCAUUGGUAUUUGAAGAACUCGACGUUCUUCUAUCUGGAGAAGAACACCAUCGUCGGCUGCCACUACUGCGGUACACGAAGCUUCCCCGAGAUGGGGGUUGAUGCAGCCUACAGGAAGAUGCUCGGCUCUGUUUUCCGCUUCGUCGCCAGUUCUGCCCAUAAGCCCGUGGUGAUCUUGAGGACAUGGUCGCCGGAACACUACGAGAACGGGGAAUGGAACUCCCGUGGCACUUGCAACAGGGCGACACCGUAUAGGAGAGGGGAAUACGACGGGAAGGAGGUGGGUCGCGCGAUGCGAAGGAUAGAGCUGGAGGAGUUCGAGAGGGCGGCGCUGAUGGGAGAGGGAUCUGCACGCUUGAAGCUCUUCGACAUUUACCAGCUCAUGGUGCUGCGUCCCGAUGCGCAUCCCGAUCGGUACUGGGGAGGCGCUCAACAGGUCGUCAAGCGGAAGAGGCAGUGGCCUGUGCACGACUGCCUCCACUGGUGUUUGCCUGGUGCUGCCGACGCCUGGAGUGAUCUGAUGAUGGAGCUUGUGCUGAACGAGUGAUGUUUGUGGACGACCGGAACUUGUUUGUCGAAAUGUGGGGAGCUGAUUGCAACGUGGCAGCAAAAUAACUGCGAUUCCGUGUAACUUCAUUUGAUAGAUCUGCGAUUGUUUACUACUAAACCGAUUCAAUUCUGCAUUGUGACAAAUUAGGGGAAUGUUAAGGGGGGUGUGUGGUCUGAAAUACCUCUUUAUACCUGUUUUAUUAUCUGUUAUUAGUAAAAUAAUUUAUGAAUUGAAUAUGUAACCUCUAGUCAUUGUUGUUCAAGAACAAAUUUUUGAUGAAGAACAUCAAAUUCAUUGGAUAAUGCAUUCAAGAACAAUUGACGUCUUUGAUGAAUAGCCAUAGGCCUCUAUAUAUAGGCUAGAAAAGGGAUCUCAAUUUAAUAUAAUUCAUAAAAUACUUAAUGCAUUGUCCUUAAUGCCUUCAGCCAUCA